AUGUCUGCGCCGCCGCCCCUGCAGAUCCGCGAGGCGAACGCACACCUGGCGGCCGUGCACCGGCGCGCGGCCGAGCUGGAGGCGCGGCUGGACGCAGCGGAGCGCACGGUGCGCGCCCAGGCCGAGCGCUUGGCUCGCCACGACCAGCAGCUGCGCGCCGCCCUAGACGAACUGGGCCGCGCCAAGGACAGGGAGAUCGCCACGCUCCGAGAGCAGCUGCUGACCUCCGAGGCCACCGUCCACAGCCUGCAGGCUGCCGUGCGCCAGAGGGACGAGCUCAUCGGGCAGCUGCACCCCCGGGCCAGGCUGCUGCAGGACAUCUGUCGCCGCCGGCCACCCCUGGCUGCGCUGCUGGCCGCCCUGGCUGAGGCCGAGCGCCUGGGGCCCCUGCCAGCCAGUGACCCCGGCCACCUGCUCCCUGGCGGGUCCAGUCCACCCGUUGCCAACAGCACUGGGGAGGAGGGCGACGGGGAUCCCCUGCAGCCUGCAGUGUUUGGGACAACAGUGUGAGCCCUGGGGCACAGAUUCCAGAAUGGAGACGCAGGGCCCCAAGGGGGCCUUUUCCCAUCGCUGUGGGUGUCCUCGGGGAUCACGGGUAUCCCAGAGGGGAUCCCGUGGCAGAGCCCUGAUCCUGUCCAGGCACCAGAACCUGCUAAGAAGUUACAGGUUUCAAACGGGCGGCCUGCAGGCCAAAUGCAGAUGUUAGCCCAGACCGUUUUUUUUUUUUAAACCCAAAACUUUGAGUCAAUCACCGUUGUUGAAACACUGGCGGCGCUAACGCAAAAAUCUGGAUUUCUGGCUUCAGACUUGGCCAUGCCUGCCUGGAUCUGAGCCCAGGGUAUCCUCUUUAGCCAGAGUCUGAGUUUCAGUUGGCCCCCUCUUCUCUCUUAGGGCCAGAUGUCUGGCCCCUGAAGCAUGUGAGUUUGAGACCUCUCUUUCUCUAGUGGAGGCAGAUGGUAUCAAGUUCCACAUGAUUUGAGUUUUUCUCCCAUUUUUGCCUGCCCCGCCCCCCCGCCACCCUGAUUCUUGUUCUUCUGUUAGCAUCCCCCAUCCUAGGGCUAAAGCUUUUUCUUACUCUUCAUCCCAGACCAGAAUUGGGAGCCUCGAGCUUUGUGCCAUUUUGCACUGGUUGUCUGAAGACAAAUUUUUAAUCCUAGAGAUAUUUUUUUCUUAACUCUGUCCUUCCUUCCACCUUUAACGCAGAAGGAAGAGUGCGUGGGUCAGACAUGCUGAGAUGCUGGUGGCCUGGCUGUGCUGCCCAGGGAAACUCAGGCAUUCCUUAGUCUUUUCUGAUAGCAUCCUGCCUCAGGGCCUUUGCACUGGCUGUUUCCUCUGCCUAGAAUGCUCUUUCCUCCCGAUGUCACAUGACUGGUUCCUUGUCACUCAGGUCUUUGCUCAAAUGUCACCUCCUCAGAGAGGCCUUCCCUGACCCCCUUAUCUGUAGUAAUUCCUCUUCCUGCUCCCUCGCUGUUAGCCCAUUCAGUUUUCCUUAUGGAACGUUUUACCAGCAGGGUAUGAGCUUCAUGAGGUUUUUGUUCUGUCACCAGUGCCUGGCACACCCUGAACUCCAGUAGGAACAGGAUGGGUCUGUGGGCCCUGAAGGGAGCCAGGGGUCUCCAGCACAUCUGAUGAGGGCCCCCUCCACACAUCAGUCCAGCUUUUGUACCAAGAAGCUGGCUCCUUUUGAAACUCUCUAGAGAAUGUAUCCUUUUUUUUUUUUUUUUGCUGAGGAAGAUUAGCCCUGAGCUAACAUCUGUGCCAAUCUUCCUCCACUUUAUAUGUGGGUCGCCACCACAGCAUGGCUGAUGAGUGGUGUAGGUCUGUGCCCAGGAUCCAAACCCGUGAACCUGUGCUGCCGAAGUGGAGUGCACCAAACUUAACCACUCCGCCACGGGGCGUGCCCCUGGAGAAUCUAUUUUUUAACUCUCAUUUCUACACUGCCCUUCCCAGCCCGAGAUGCUCAGGGUGCCUUGCUUUUUAUCAAACCAGGGAAGCCUGUGCCUUUCUCUGCCCAGCCCAAGUGCCCAGCCUGGUACCACGGCAGCCGCUUCCAGGCCUCCUUACUCAGGGAAUUGUCAUAGCAGGAACUGCCGAGGGGCAGGGCCCCCGUCAGCCCGGAAAGGUCGACGUCCAUCCCCAGCCCUCAGGCUGGCGCCGCCUGCCUGCCUGGCGCCUGACAGUGACCCCUCAGUGUGGUGACAAUGGCCCCGUUUUCUCUGGAUGAAUAAGGGGGGGGCUGUUUGGAUGAGGGGGAGGCAGGCUGGGGCCUGUCUGAGCUCAAGAAUAAACCGGGUGACUUCUCGGCCUCGGUCCUUCCUCCUUUUCUCCUGUGCAGGGGCUGGAAAGGUGGUCCCUGUGCUGUUCCUGGUCUGGGGGGGCAGCCCCGCUGGGGGAGGAGACGCAAGGAGGGCAGGAGGGCCUGGGCCACUGCCAAUGUUUGGAGGCAUCAGUGUUGAAA